UCAAUCAACACCCAGUGUAAUACAACACAGUGACCAGGAAGACAGCAGAGCGGCUGGGGAUGACGACAGACAGCCCUUUGUAGGGAAUAAGAUCUUACUCGGUGCCGAAAGAGUAGAAGUUAUGACUUUAAUAUGGCUGAUGAUAAGGGCCCGUUUCUAACAUCAUGUAUUAUUUUCUACCUGUCGAUCGGGGCCGCGAUAUUCCAGAUCCUGGAAGAGCCAAACUGGAAAUCAGCCAGAGACAAAUAUAAGCUACAGAAGGAGAACAUUGUGAAGAAUUAUCCCUGUUUGACUAAAGAAGGUCUGGAUGAGAUUUUGGAGAUAGUGUCAGAGGCCGCGGGCCAAGGUGUGUCCAUCACCGGAGAGAUUCAUCGCAACACGUGGGACUGGACCAACUCUGUCAUCUUUGCUUCCACCAUUGUCACCACUAUAGGUUUUGGUAAUGUCGCUCCCAAGACUAAAGGUGGUCGUGUGUUCUGCAUCCUGUACGGUCUGUGUGGGAUCCCCCUAUGUCUGGUGUGGCUAAGUGAGCUGGGUUCAUUCUUUGGAGACCGGGCCAAACGUCUGUCCCAGGUUCUGAUCCGUAAAGGCAUAUCAGUGAAAAAGGUCCAGUUGACCUGUACAGCCAUAUUCCUGUUAUGGGGGCUGUUGGUGCAUCUGGUGAUCCCUCCAGUUGUUUUCAUGUCUGUGGAAGGAUGGACCUACCUGGAAGGCCUCUAUUACUCUUUCAUCACACUCACAACGGUUGGUUUUGGAGAUUAUGUGGCAGGUGUAAAUCCAAACAUUGAAUACCCCAGACUGUACAGAGUGUUUGCAGAGAUAUGGAUCUACAUGGGCCUGGCCUGGCUGUCUCUGUUCUUCAGCUGGAACGUCCACAUGGUGGUGGAAGCUCACAAGGUGCUAAAGAAAAGAAGACACAGGCACAGACGCUUCUAUGAUGAAGAACCCCAGCCUGUAGAGGACAGCCCAGAUGUAAAGCCGACCGUUAUUGACAUUUUCGACUUCCCGAAGGACGAAGACUACAGCACUGUCAUCAAGAUGAUUGGAGCCACAGUCAACCUAAAAAAGCCUUCAGACAACAUAAAUCGCUCAAAAAGCUGCAGCGACAUCUUGGCCACCAACAUCCAGACCCUGGAACACUCGCCCCGGCACAGACGCAUGAUCAGUAUCAGUGACGUGUUCAUGAAUGCAAAGGCCGUCGCGGACAAAGAUGAACAAAAAGGAGAGUGUUCUCUAAUACAAGAAAGCAACCGAAGCUCUGAACCUGCAGAAUUUGUGAGGACUGAUAAUGAGGACAAGGACAGUUGUGCAUUUGAUUCAGAAACUAACGGUAUUGUCUUCACUGUGCCUACCAAAGAGGCUGCAGAAGAGGAAAGUGUACAGCACCCGGAUGGUGGAGGGACAAGGUUUACAAUUUCCAAGGUAGUAGAUGAAGAAGAUUUGGAUAAAGAUGAAAAAGGGUAAAGAUCGUUUCUAAAACUACCUUUACCUUUGCCAAAAAUUAUGGAAUCAGUCAGGCUCUGUUGUGGGUAGGAGUUUUAAGUAAUGUAAAUACUGUAUGUAUCAAGAAUUCAUUUUGUGAAAAUGAUACUAAAUAAAUCGAUACAAACUUAA